AUGGUUGGUGGUAACUCAGCUGUUCGGGGCUCGCGUGUAGCGCUGCCAUAUGCCGCCCCUUUGCCGCGUAUAAGCCAGGAACACGGUGGCAGCGAUGGAGAUGACAAAUACGAAGUUGUAAUCGUUGGUGCAGGGCCAGCUGGGUAUACCCUCAGUCUUCUUCUCGCUCGUCACGGCUUAACAGAUCGAUCUUUGCUAUGCAUCGACCUCAAGCCAGGAAAGGUGAUGUGUGGCCAGGCAGACGGGCUACAGCCUCGAACUCUGGAGGUCCUCAAGACCAUGGGGUUAGCGGGCCCCAUGCUGCAGGACGGAUGCUAUUUGUGGGAAAUGAUGGUUUGGAAGCCCUCCAAGGACCAGAAUAUCGAGAGGUUCUCCAUCAUUGAUACCAGGAUUGGCCCUGCAAGAUACCCGCAGGCUAUAACCAUAAGCCAGGGAAUCAUCGAACAAGUCUUCGACGAUGACUUAGCUCAUCACUCGCAGAGAGGAAUUCAACGCAACAGCAAAUUAGUUGAUAUAUCCCUUGAUGAACUCGGCGAUCCGGAUUUCCCAGUCGUUGCAACUGUCGAGACGAACGGGGUGCCACGAACUAUACGGACCAAAUUCCUUGUGGGAACCGACGGUGCACAUUCAAGUGUUCGGAAAUGUGCAGGAAUUCAACUCAACGGGGAGUCAAUAGAUGACUUCUGGGGCGUGAUUGAUUUCGUUGCUGACACUGACUUCCCGGAUAUUCGCAGAUUUGGUCGAGUUCAUUCCCGCAAAGGGACCAUCAUGGUUAUCCCCAGGGAACAGACCGUGGAUGGAGAUUACCUGACACGCCUAUACGUUCAAAUGCCACCCCAGGAGGUGUCAGAGGAUGUAGGCCUUCACGCCGAGAGCAAUAGCGCAGAGCCGAGGAGAUCUCGCAAGAGCCAAAUUACGCUAGAAAAGAUUUUCCAGCAGGUCUCUGAGAUAUUUGAACCAUACUAUAUCCGGCCUAAGGCAGGUGUAGAUAUCAACUGGUGGACUGUAUAUCAAAUUGGUCAACGAAUAGCUGAGAAGUUUGCUAUCAGAGAUUCUAAAGGCUUGGGCAGAAUUUUCCUCGCUGGAGAUUCUUGUCAUACUCACAGCCCAAAGGCAGGACAAGGCAUGAAUAUCUCAAUGAUGGAUGCUCAUAACUUAUCGUGGAAACUUGCAUACACAGUCAAUGGGCUUCAUCCCGAUGUUGGCGAUCCUGGAGCCCUCCUCAGGUCAUACGAAGUGGAACGAUACAGUAUUGCCCAGCAACUGAUUGAUUUCGAUAAGAAGUAUUCUACGGGAUUCUCCAAAAGAAAUACUGGGGAAGAAAAUGAAGUCCAAGCCGCAUUGAAACAAAAUUUUGAACUCUACGAACAGUCGGUAGCUUUUGCCAGCGGCUGUGGAAUUGAAUACCCAGAAAAUCAUCUAAUUGAUAGGACGUUCCCAGAUGGAUAUAAAAAUCCCGUUAGUGGAACUGACUAUUUCCAUGGAAUACUACGGCCAGGAAGGAGGCUGUUGAAUGUUACUAUGAGGAGGUUUGCAGAUGGACUUCACAGAGACAUACAUGACGAUUUGGUCUCUAAUGGACGCUUCCGCAUUGUCUGCUUAACUUCGACAGACCUAUUAGAUCCUGAGGGGACUUCUGUCAAAGCCAUACUCUCAAUUUUAACCCUUCUUCCAUAUUUUCCUCCAAUUAUUGAAGCUGUUGUGGUAUACCCCCGCCUUUCACGGGACCUUGACUGGACUUGUGUUCCUAAGGAGCUAAAGCAGAUGUGUGAAAUGAGAUUCUACAGUGGUUAUGAAGCUGAAGACGUUUAUAAGGUAUACGGGGUUGAUCCUAACGACGGCGUCUUUGCGGUUAUCCGGCCAGAUGGGUGUGUUGGGGUGGUUUCUAGGUUGGAUGAUAUCCCACGGUUAGAAACAUAUCUGGAAAAGUGCAUGAAGAAAUUGGAGAAAGCCCCUGGGGCUCCCAAUCUCAAUUAG